AUGGACCAGCAACGCCGGUACAACGUAGAGCGAUCAUGUCUACGCUGCCACGCGCACAAGAUCAAAUGCGACAAGCGCUCACCAUGCAACAGAUGCACACGGCAGAGCGUAACCUGCCAGUAUCCAGGUCCAAACCGAAUCAAGCGCCAGCCCCCAAAGAAGAGCAUGGCCAAUCUUGCAGCACAGCUGGAAAAGCUUGAACAGACUAUCGGGGCAAUAAUCAACGAACGGCCGACUAGCUUGAACGGUCAAGCCCAAGGCCUAAGCACUAGCUCACCAGCACCGAAUGGCCGAUCCGACCCUAUCCCGCUGUCAAGCCAACUAGUUGCCGCAGACCGCCCCGCACACCAAGGGUUUUUCGGAAAGGACGGCCGGUAUAUCAACGAGCCUCUCCUCUCGCGGGUGCUGGAGAAAGAGCAGGAGCUUCAGUCUGCAAUUGGGACACCCUCUAGUGCAAGUAGCCCGCGUCGGCCUCCGGUACUAAGGGGAGAUGGUCUCUUCACGAAGCCGCCCUUGGCUCAGAUUGACCCUCUAGAUCUAUUUCCAAGUCGUUGGCAGGCAGUUUCGCUAUGGCAGACUUUUCUCAGUCGUGUAGAUCCGCUAGUAAAAGUCAUUCAUGUUCCAACGGCGCAAUCGCGCAUCUUUGCUGCGAUAAACCGACCUCAGACUGCGUGUGCUGAUGUACGUGCUUUGCUCUAUGCGAUUUUUUUCGCCGCUACAACAACCCUGCUUUCGGAUGAUACCCAGAAUGAAGUCCUAUUUGCCGAUCUGCGACGGUAUCAGCAGGGGUUGGAAUUCUCUUUGUAUUACUCCGAGUUCUUGGAUGCUCCAACCCUUGCUUCGUUGCAAGCGAUGGUGAUAUAUCAGGCAUGCUUUCGAUUUAGCAAUAGCGGUCGGUCUGGCUGGACAUUACAUGGUGUAACUAUCCGAGCCGCGCAAUCAAUCGGCCUCCAGCGGGAUGGAAAAUACUUCAAGCUCCCACAAUUGGAAUGCGAGCUACGCCGACGAACAUGGUGGCAUAUCCAAUCGGCCGAUGUCCGAGUAGCAGAAGACCAUGGGCUCAGCGUCCCAGAAAAUGACCACGGCGACACUGGCAUACCGUUGAACAUCGAUGACCAGAGCUUAUCAGACACGAAUAUCGCCACCCCAGUCGUAUCUCAGAACCGAUGGACUGAGAUGACGUUCUCUCUAAUCGUAAUAGAAAUCAACAGGGGACGGCCAGCUUUAUUUCGAAGCUUAGUGGGAGCAGCCGAUCCAGAGCGACUCAUCGCCGAAUUCAAAGGCGCAAUAGAGGAGAAAUACCUGCGACACAGCGACCCAGAUAUCCCAAUCCAGCGCUUCGGCUUCCUCCUUGGAUGGCUGCUCCUCAUCAAAACGGAAGUGUGUAUUCGACAGAAACAGCUACAAUCACAGGGCCCGGCGGCCUCCUCCCUCGACUACAAGCUUGUGCAAGACACGCUAGCACAAGCCUGCUAUGGAGUGGAAAUCGACCUCGAGAUGCACAACAACGAAAUACUGCGCGGCUUCCGCUGGCUCAUGAUGACUUUCACCCAGUACCACCUUCUUACAUUCAUCCUGUGGAGUCUGUGUGUUUAUCCCACUGGUCCACACGUCGAACGGGCCUGGCGCGCUAUCGAUAGGCAGUUCGAUCUGAUGGAUGACCCCUGUUGGCCGGACCCGGGACCUAAGUGGCCGAUGAUUGUGCGGUUGCGGGAUAAGGCGAGGCUUAUUAGCCAGAUGGAUGAUUCUGCUGAGCAGAGCCAGCGAGUUGUUGAUGACAACCGUCCUGCUUGUGCUGAUGGGAUUGGGACUGGGGAUUCGCGGGUUGAGGCAGGGUUUGAUAUUGGUAGUUGGGAUCCGAACUUUGUGGACUUUUCUGAUUGGAAUAAUCUGGCUCAGAAUCUUUCUCUCUUGGGCUGA